AUGAUGAACGAGUUAGCGUUGGCCAGCAAGAGAGUUAAAAAACCAUUGGUGGUUGAGGUGCCAACUCUCAUCACUGAAUAUUUGGAAUAUCAUGCUGAUGUUAUAUCAGAUUUGGAAUCUCAAAUUGGUUAUGUUAUUCAGAUAGAUCAAUCUCAAACACCUUCCAUUGUUGUUCAUGUUACUGAUGAGGAUCGUAAUUCUGUGAGUCAGAAAAUUCAUCAACAUGUUGAAAUUGCCAAGAAGAGAGCUGUAAAUGCACUCUAUGAAUACACUAUUUGUCAGAGAGGCGCAAUAGGUAUGAUUGGCAAAGGUAUGAAAGUGAUGGGCGACAUUAUAUUCCCUUCUCAAUAUAAUAGGAUCAAUAUUUACUCUACAAAAUGCAAGACAGAUGCUGAAUUGAGGAAUAUUUUCUCUCCUUAUGGAAAAAUAUUAGAAUGCCAACUCUUUGCAACAUUUAGAAACAACCAUUCUUCGAAUGGUAACAAUGGAUUUGUAAUUUUUGAAACAUACAACCAAGCAAACAGAGCCUAUAACGAACUACAGCAUGUAGAUAUGAACAUGGUUCCAGCAAUUUCCAACGAACGUCAGGGAUUCGCUUCCAAUAGCUUGAUUCGUUUUAAGUGCUCUGUUGGAACUGGAUCUGGAAUAUGUAAAAUUACGAUUGACCGAAAAAACGACAUACGAAGAAAUGCAACACUUAUUUCCAACAGCUUAAAUAGAAGAUUGGGCGUACGUGUAACUUCAAUGUCGUAUUUGAAUGCCAAUGCUGGAACCACGUUAAUAAUGAAGAUUGUCGACACCACAUUGGAUGAUAUGGCUGUCAAACAAGCACUCAAGAAGGAUAGAGUCCACUUUAUUUCUGUUGAAAUUGAAAGACACGUGGAAGAGGACACCGUUGAAACGGCUUUAGCAUCAAUUAUUUCCACAAUGCAAAGCUAUGGAGACAUUGAACUGACUGAAUGUUUUCCAAAUGAAACGGCAUAUCAGCUCUGUGGGUUUGUUAAAUUUAAGGAGUAUCAUAUUGCUUCACAGGUGGUUGAAGAACUUGACGGUAUUCCAUUCUUAAGCGGCUAUCUUUGGAUGAAACAUCAACUCAGUGAAAGUAUUCAAUUUCCCGCUAGUAUUUACACUGUUGAUUAUCUGAAAAAUGAAAUUGAUCUCUUAAUCGAGAAGAUCAACGACAAUACCGGCUGUCACGUUCAGAUAAAGGACCUUACAAGAAAACACAAUACAGGAAAUAAUAAGAAGAUCUUCAAAAUCAGAGCAACAAAUCAUACCUCGUUAAAGAAAGCAAAAAUUAUGGCAGAAAAACUAUUGCUACCACAACAGAUGAAGCUUGACUUUAAAACAUUUAGUUUUGCUCAAAAUCAUCGGAUCAAGUUUGAAUUCAUCGAGCGUGAAGAACGUGUGAAGUUUUCAUUGGACAGCAGAGAAAAAACAGUAUCUAUAUAUGGCAAAAAAUCCCAUACUGAAAGAGCUAGACAGAAAAUGAUGAUAGUAAUUGGAGAUAGAUCACAACGACACACUAUUCCUCUGAAAUAUGUGAAAGCUAUUGUAGGAGAAACAUUUAAAGAAUUGCAACAGAGAUAUAAGGGAGAUAUAACAUUUGACUUUCGAACAAGAUCUAUUACAAUUAAUUCUACCGCUUUUGAAAUUGAAAAAUUCAAAAUUGAAAUUCGAGAAUUAACAGAAGAGUAUGAGCUAAGAGUAUUAGGUAGCAAUUUCUCUCACACAGAAGAAUGCUCCAUUUGCAUGGAAAAUAUCACCUCUCCAUAUGUGAUGAUUAGUUGUGGGCAUAAAGUGUGCAACCCAUGCCUAUCGUUCCAAAUACAAAAUCAAAGUUUUGAGUGUCCCGUGUGUAGCGAGCUAUUGACAGUGCCAGAAAUUCAGUUAAAAAUUUCAGAUCACUCACAAUUUGAUUCGAUGUGUGGACGAGCAGUGGAAAAGCAUUUACAAAAUCACUCGACAUUGUACAGACAUUGUCCCAAACCUAGUUGCAGCGAUGUACUGAAAAUAGCGAAGGAUAAGGCAUUUUGUUAUUCAUGUAACUUGGAGUAUUGCCCGAAAUGCGACAGAGAAUCACACCCAGGUGAAUCGUGCUCAGAAUCAGAUGUAAACAAAAAGUGGAUUGAAGCACAUACAAAGAAAUGCCCAAAGUGCUCAAAACCCGUAGAGAAAUCAGCUGGUUGCAAUCACAUGACUUGUUUGUGUGGUGCUCACUUUUGUUGGCUAUGUUGUGCAUGCUUUGAAAACGAUGAUCUCACCUACAGACACCUUAGAGCAGUUCAUGGAGGUUACGACAACCAGCCUCAGCCACAACAACCACAACCUCAAAUUCCAAUACCACAACAGCCACAACAGCCACAACAGCCACAACAGCCACAACCUCCACAGAGACAGGAGCCUCCUGUACAACGUCCAAUGGUUGUUCAGCCGCCUCCCCUUGCGCAACCCCCUCCCGCUCGUAAUAACCCACCACAGCUUCCUAACCAAGAUGACCAAGUUCAGCAAAGACAAGGCAUAUUACAAAACUGCUCAAUAAUGUAA